AACGUUUUAAUUUUUAUCAUAUUAAAUGACUUCGGAUAUUGAUUGAAAUUUACCUUCCUAGUAAUUUUUGUUUGUCACAGGUUUUCGUUGUACACAUUAUUACUGAAAUAGUAAAAAGAUUAUUCUUGAAAUUAUCCUUAUCCUCUAGAAUAGCUACAGAGCGAUUUCAAUUGUUCUGAAAAUCAAUAAAUAGGCAAAUAAACUAUUACCAGGAUUGCAAAUGUGAAAGUAUUAAAAUGAAAAAUGCAUACUUUACAACUUUUGGAUGAUUAAUAUAAAAAUCGAACGUACCAAACAAUGUAAAAUUCAAUUAUGAUUUGCACAUAAAAUAAAAUAAGGUAUAUGCGAGUUUCCAGUAGGAUGAUAAACUAAUUAAAAAUUCAUUUACCUUAUCGAAUUUCCAAUCUUCAUCGAACCGCAUUGGCCGUAUUUAAAAUGAAUAUGUAACUGUAAUCGAUAUUUAACAAUACAAUAGGACAUCAAAAAAAUAAUAUGCGGGUAAAAACAAUGAUUUUAAAACUGGUUUAUUUGGGUCUUUUAAUAACCGUAGUGGUUGGGGAAUUGAGCGUGAAGGAACAGUGGAAAGCGUACAAGAAAAAAUACAACAAAGUUUACUCGCCCAGCGAAGAUGCCUACCGGUUCGAGGUGUUCGCAAGCAAUUUGGAUUUCAUUAACGAGGUGAAUCAAAUGCACGAGCAAGGCAAAAGCAACUGGUUCGGGAAAAUCACCAAGCACACCGAUUGGACGAGCCGAGAAAAGCAGGACAUAGAAGAGAAACAAAAGUUGAAACGCUACAUUAUAGAUUAAUCGCGCCCUAAAUACAAUUUUUUGUACUUACCGAUUCGCAUUACAAUUACUACAAAAAAACAUUCCCAGUAUAAUAAACCACGUUUAGUCGAUGUAAAAGGCGUAGAUGUAUUUUAUACUAAGAUCACAGCUUUAAAUAUCACAUUGUUUUUUCUUCGAAACGGCGUUACUACGAGCUUAUCGCGAUAUCGCGGCGCCCUGCAUGGAUUUUCGCGGGGGUUGAUGUUGAUGGGGCGUGAAAGCGGCCCAGCCCGUCCCGGCGUCCACGUCGCGAUCCAUACCGGUAAUGACAUAUUCUUGUCUCAACAUUUCAAUUCUAUCGUCGAUAGUUGGACCGACUGCAAAUUAGAUAUUUCAAUUAGAUUCGUUUCGAAAUUAAUCAAAUCGGCCCAAAGGGUUACCUAAAAGAAACUAAACUCUUUCUUUAGUAACACAAAUUAUGAUAUAGUAGUAGGUGAGUAGGAUAUUUCGAAUUAGGAAUAACAGUGAUGGGAGUGUAAUUAUAAUUUUGUUGAACUUCGAUAGUUUUUUUUUAUUAUUUGAUAAUUAAAUAUUUCACGAAAAUAGUGCAACAACGAACCGGAGAUUCACAAUCAACAAACCCGGCUCACAAAUAAAUAUUCACAUAAUACUAAUUCAAAAUAUAAAAUAUUAGUAGAGUUGCUGAUAAAUCGUAACAGUCAAUAGAAAUUUGAAAACAAUACUUGUAGUCUCAUAGUCAAUUCAAAAUGUGUUCAUUUUGUACUUCUAUCAAAAGUUUUAUCAAGUAAACUCUACCGUUCGGUUUUUUUGUCUAAUCAACAUACAUGCACACAAACGAACGCGUUGUAGCGCUCACACAAGAAAGAAAAUAGAGUUCUAAGAGUAUUGUCGACUAAAACUUUUCCAAUAUUUUUUUAAAUCAUUCAUUCGACGUUCUAAACUUUUCGUCUACUGUCAUAUACAUGCCUUCCUCCUGGUAGACCGAAUCGUGUUUCGCCAGGAUACGCAGCAGAGGGCGCAAGUGUAACCACCACUGCUCCUUAGGAAUACGCAAUCUACGGGUAAACAAACAUCUAAGUUACCCCAUUUCCGAAUAAAUGGUAGAAACUUACUGGAAAUUGGUUUGUUCCUUGAUAUCUUCCAUGGACGUACACACGUAGGAUCUCUUCUUGAUGCCCAACACGCAAACGGUAUGGGGAUCGGUGCAUUCGACUUCACCCUUGGCGUUCAAAUUACCUCUUAAAUUGCACGACAACCAAUCGACGGCUUUAGUGGCCAUUUUGGUUCCUAAAUUUCUAUCGAACGGCGACGGGGAACCGCCCUGUUGCAUGUGACCUACGGUACAAGUAAACUUCACAAUCGCCUAUUAAGAUAUUCCAUCGUAUAUACCGAGUAUGUUCAUCCUGGCGCUGAACAAUCCCUUCCCUUCGCCCGAAUACAAGCGAUAAAUGAACUCGGUGUUGUAAUACUCGGAGGCCUUUUCGUUUCUCAAAAUCAACCCUCGUUGAACCCCUUCGGCCAUUUUCGAAGCCACGUGGUACACGUCUUGUUGUAGCUCUUUGAUGCUGAAAUGUUCUUCGUAUAUGUAAGCAGCAUC